CAUAGAUACUUGCCACACAAACAGUUGAGAAACACAACACAGUCCACUACAGGAGAGAGAAACUAGCGUUAGUUUGCUGACACUAAAACACUCAGAUAGUGUAAAUGAAAAUAUGCAGAGAAGAUGAAACAACAUUGAUCAUGUGUAAGAAUAUGUGGAUGUCGUAAGAGGUAAAGUCAGAAAAGAGAUCACAGAUUCAACGCCACGAGAAUCCAGUCUUCUGAACUCACAGGUUCAAUAAUGGACUCAGAAGACAGAAUAGAAAGGAUUGUUGAUAUCUACAUCAGUGCAGAGGAUGUAAGAGACAUGAAAUUUAAGAAAGACACAGAAGACUUCAACACAGCAAAACCCCAAACAUCUCGACACACAGAUGGAUGGAAGUGCCAUCAAUCCAGUCUUUACUUCAUUUCCUCUGAGAAGAAGAGCUGGACUGAGAGCAGAAGAUACUGUAGAGAGAGAGCAGCAGAUCUGAUCAUCAUCAACAACACAGAGGAACAAGAGUUUGUGAAGAACAUUUCUGGUGGUUCUGGAUAUUUCUGGAUUGGUCUGACUGAUAUUGAAGUGGAGGGCAGAUGGAAAUGGGUUGAUGGCAGCACACUGACCUCUAGGUUCCGGGUCUGGAGAGCCAAACAGCUAUCAGGGAAAAGAGGAAAGACUGUGUUCUAAAUCAUUUACCAGGAUGGGCUGAUUUUCCAUGUGAUUAUAUGUCUAAAUGGAUCUGUGAAAAGAGUAUUGUUAAAUGACACAUUUCAAUAAAUGUAUAUAUAGUGUGUUAUGAACAUCUAAAUAUGUGUUAUGAUCAAUAUUUCCUAUUAUGAUCUUGUUUGUUUGAAUAAAUGUUGUGACUGCACAUGGA